AUGACGUCGACCAACCCACCUGUCCUCCCCGCGAACGCGCUGCCCACCACCCGUACCACCACCGCUGCCGACGCAAACACCGUGCCACCGCUCGCCACAGGCAACUUCAUGGAUCAUGACAAGGACAUGGACCUCGACGCCCCGAAUGGCUUUGAGACGUUGGACGCGAGGGCAAACUCCCUCAUGAACGGCUACGAGGUCCCCAGUUUUGUCAUGUCAGCUGGUGGGCUGCAGGCCCUCUCAUUCCUGCUCGACCACCGCGAUGAUAUCGUGGCCGAUGCUUCGUCGCCGAAAGCGGCCGGGGCGGAGCCCUCCACGCUGGAGCCCAAGUCUAGCACCCGAAAAGACGGCGACAAGGUGGGGGAGAGCGGAGGCACGAUCCCAGUGGUGCAGUCGCACAUCCUCGCCAGACUCGCCACGCGCUUUCACACAAGCGACCACGCGGAGGACGAGGACGACUGGUACAACAUGACCAGCGUUAGUCGAAGCGAGCAGAGAACGACGGAGAGCAACACUUCCCCAGAGAGGGACAAGGAGACCACGGAGGCGGCGGCGGUGGAGAGCGAAGGGUGGUCCGAAGCGCGCUCUGACGGGCGCAACUCACCGACACCGACGCCCUCAGCGCAAAGCAGCUCCAUUUUGAUGCCCACCGCCCACCGUCGCACGCGCAGCUUCGAGGAAAGCUUCGUCGACCAAAAGUCUUUUGUUAACCGCGUCGUCAUGCGGCAGGAGACGUACGCCGAUGUGCAGUGCUUCCGCGCCAGUGCGUACAUCGUCUCCUUCUUCGAGGACCACGGCUACAACGUUGACGAGGAUCGCAGCGCCAGCUCAAGGUCGACGCAGUCGAGCCGACAUAGCAGCCGCAGCAGCCGCAGCAGCCGCAGCCCAGUUGCGGUGGUACACGGGACCGACUUUGUGGAGCGCUCACCGCGGCGUGUGCCCACCGACGAGGAACGAAAGGCCGCCUUCCACACCAGAAAUAUGGAGGAGCUCUAUGCGACCGUGGCUGAGGUCUAUCGGGUGGCUGGCAUUCCAAAGGGGUAUUUGGAUGCGUUACACAUGUCGGAGGUGCAUCAGGGCACCCGCUCGCUUCGACCGCAGGAUGCGCGUCACCACGGCCACCGCAACGUUCCCGUGACUCCACCGUGUGGCGAGGACGACGAGGAGCCGAAUGUGCUGAUGCGAGCGACGGAGGUCGUACUCGCAGAUUACGACAUUGAGAACGCGAUCUACGAAGCCUUUGGGCGCGAUGACAUGAUGGGUGGAGGCCACGGGUACGCACCUGGUGCAUCGCGCGGCAAAAAGGGCGGUAAGAACGGCGCGUGCCGGACUCGCGACAAUCGCGAGGAUAAGCAAAUCGUGGUCCAGAAGAAAAACAAUGACAUGAAAGGACACAGCUCCACAACGAAGGUGGCGGAGGAGACGCCAGCCACGGCCAAGCCACACCGACCAGCGCGGCGAGGCAGCGCGUAUGAGUUCAUGCUGAAGAUGCUGUGGAAGAACGCGGUGCACUUUUACUACCAACACAACGCCAUGUCACUCUUCACGCUCAAGUUUGUGAAGAGAAGCGGCAACGUGUCCAUUAAAGGGAGAGUGUUGCGGCUGCACAGCUGGGACGACGCGAAGCGUGGCUACCUGGUCACCGGCGUGUUUGACCGCACCUCGGGGUACCCAAAGAACUUCAAAGACCCCUUCACACACGACCUCUACGCGGAGGAAAUGCACGGGGGCGCCUCCACUACCUUCCCGGCGCCGACCAUGACGCGGCAGCACGGCGCCGUCAAUGCCCGCUGCGCGCCCGCCGAGGACGGCGUCACGCUGUACGGGUGCUCCAUUGUGCGGCAGGCCGACGUCUACGGCAUCUUCGAUGGACGUGUGUACGGCUGCCAGGUCGCCCGGGCAGAUCGGGACCACCGCCGCACCGCGAUGCACGCAGCCAUCCAGUCUCUCGCCCACUACCGCAACCUCUUUCCGAGAGUUCCGAGUCUCUUCCGCAUUUUGCACCCACAGGACCGGUAUCGGUAUCCCGUGGUGAACCCGGUGGGUGGGAUGUACUGCGUGCCGCUGAUCGUGAACGGCGCGGCGCGGCUUGUUAAGGUGGACGACGUGGUGCCGAUGGACCCCGUCACCGGCAUCUUCCGCUGCUUAACCUCGAGCGCCAACGAGUUCUUCCCGACGCUGCUCGAGAAGGCGCUGCUGAAGGCGAACGGCGGUGGCGUCAACGUGACGCUGAUGGAGAGCAACCAGGUGAUGCACCAGCUGUGCGGGUGGAUUCCGCAGACGCUGUACUUCUUCAUCGACAGCGCCGGCAACGAGCUGUACUGGGACGGCAUGCUGUACGCCUCCGAGAUGUGGGAUCAGCUGACGGAUAUGUACCGCCAGGGCCGUAUGGUGAUGUCGCUCGUGAGGCUGAGGGAGAGCGAGGAGGCGAAGAAUGCGACGGCGUUUGUGCGUCAUGGACCGCUGAGCCGCACCCGCAGCUUCUUCGCGCCGGUCUCCUUUCCCGUGGUGGAUGUGAUCUCGCGCAUCGACAACACGGAGAGCAAGGUGGGGCGCCACAUUCGGGCUGUCAUGCUGCGCGACACGACGAAGGACCCGACGCAGGCCGAGUUUGUGCCGCCGGUGCUGACGUCCCUGUCGGAGGCGGUGCUGAGCAGCAUCGGUUACAGCGCCGUCCACCGCGAAGCAGGCGUGUUCUGCCUGACGUGGGAGGAGGCCGCGGCGUACUUCGAUCACUGUUCCAUGAGCCUCAACCCAUCCACGCUGUGGAGCAAGAAUGGUACGCGACUGAAGCCGAAGGAACCGACGCGGCUGUGCUGCCACGGCGUGUACGACGCGGACUUGAUGGAUAGGGAGAUGUACUACCAACCACAGUUCCACAUUUGCUGCAACCACGUUGCGGCCAGCACGCAGGUUUUUCUCGUGUACACCCCACACACGUCGUCGCAGUACCCGCUGCCGUGGCCCUGCGAUGGGCUCUCUGUCGACACGGUGGACAGCUGCUCCGACGGCGGGGUGCAGCUGCGGCUGCGCGUGUACGAGGUGACGACGCUGCCCUCCAUCGUGCAGGUGGCGCGCAACCGGGACGGCCGGCCCGCGCAAACGUGCACCUUCGGCAACUGCGUCGCUCGCCGCCUCACCGGGGAGUCAGAGUCACCGUGGCAGAUGUCGGGCCACUUGAUUUCGUCGAUGGCAGCCAUACACGUGGCACCGUGGAUGAAGACUGCGUUGGCGGGCACCAGCGGCUACUCCAACUCAAUGCUCAGCAUUGCCUUUGACGUCUCGCCUGGGACACGCCAGUACGUGGUGGUGAUGGAGGCAAGAACCGCCUCUGCCUUUCGAAUAGAGGAGCGACCCAACAGCUUCUCGUACACCUUGACCUUGUACAGCGACCUGGACCCGUUGGAGUUGGGGAAUCCAAGGUGUGUGCCAUUUGUGGGCGGGCGUGCCGCGCAAGGAGCAGCAGAGGAGAGCACGCCGCGCACGCGUAAGUCUCGCCUGCAGCAGUUCCUCGAAGGCGAUGAAGGGCAGCGUAAGCUGAAUGGACCGACAAUUGCGAUGCACUCCAUUCCACCCAGCUUGAACGUCAACUCGCGCACUGUGCAGGGCACGUGGUCGCGGAGCACCUUUCGGCAGCGCAUCGUGUUGCUGCGGGAGAACGGCAUGUCCGCUGAAAAAAUGUGGGUCGGUCCGCAGUACCACCUGCACCUCAGCCAACCGGACGAGUUCUGCAUUCGGCUGUGUCGCACCGGCGGUGACCUGAGGGUACGAUUUCCAGCAUCGUUGAAGCUGCUUCUGGUGCGAAAAAUUGUGAAACAGACGGAGGCACUCGAGGGAUCCGCGGCGGAUCAGUGUGACUUGGUGCUGGCGAGUCGCGGUCUUGACACAAGGGGGGUAGCGCUGUCUUCCGUCACGCCGCACACGGUGUUGCUGGACCGCAACGAGGUUCUGGUACCCGGACAGUUACGGAUGCGGCAGGAAUAUCACGCGAUGGUGUACCUCAGCGCCUUCGUUCUGCCACGCGACAAGGUGAAGGAGGCGGCCUAUUUCCUUCUUAUCCGGUACGCCAACCCUGCUGAGAGCGUGCGGUGGCUUGUGGUACGCGCUUUCGCGGAAGGGCUGCUGAUCUCACCCGAAGAAUGCCGCGUGCGGUUUAUGGGUAAGGUCGUUUCGCAGGACACGGAGCUGCGCAAGCUGUUCGCCGACGCGCGUGCGGGCUACACCUUUGAUGAGAGAAGCGGUGCGUGGAGGCUGUUGAUGCAGGAGGAGGCGGGGCUCGGGCUCGGGGAGGAUGUGUUAAGCUUAGGUCUGUACUUCGACGUGGAGCUCGAAAACACAUCGCCGUUUACGGAGACGCACUUCCCCGAAAACGAGCCGACCGGUAGACUUGUGACGCGGCUGCGACACUGCGCACGGACGAUGCUCUUCACUGGCUCGGGGCAGCGCACCAAGACGCUACGAGCCCUGGCACACAUCAGCGGGCUCAUACGGCAGUCCGGCCUGACUGAAGACAGGAUCGAGUUUCUCCUCGGCAUUGCACGCGGCAUAGCGACGUGGUGCAGCAGGAGCGCGGGCCGCGCAGCCACGGCAUCCACCGCGCCACCCCAAAGGCUGCCCCUGUUGCCGGCAGGGGACUACGUCAUUGCCCCCUGCUUCGUUCCAGAUGUCCCCAACGAACAGAUGAGGACCUUAAAACCGCAUCUACGAAAUGCUCCCGGCGAUAUGCAGUCGGUGACUUUCGAACUGAAAGUGGAGUUGCUGCGACAGCAUGUGGAGCUGAAGGCCAUAGCUAGCACCGUGGAGCCGCAGAUCAAUAACGCUGUCCCGCUACGCUCUUUGGUAGACGAGUAUCUUCCACAGUAUUGA